AAAAUUAUUAUUCAGUUUUUCAGUUAUUCCUUCUAUAAACUAAUAACUACAGCUUCAGAUUUAAUUGAUGUAUUACUCAACAAUAUUUUGAGAAACAGCCGUCAUCUAUGUCCCAAUGACUGUGGUCGUCAUUAUAAAAGGAUAGGUCACAUGAAUUAUCAUUUAAAAUAUGAAUGUGGUGUUUCACCUCAAUUUAAAUGUCCUUAUUGCAGUAAAUUAUUUAGUCAGAAAUCUACUAUGAAAAAACAUUAAAAUCAAGAUAUGUUCAUUUGCCCAAAUAAUAUGUGUCGUCGUACUUAUAAAUUUAAAAGAAAUUUAAGCAGUCAUUUAAAACUUGAGUGUGGAGGGCAAAAAAGAUUCAAUUGUAGUAUAUGUCCGAAAGCAUUUUCACAAAAAGUUACAUUAAAAAAUCAUUUAGCCUUAAAACAUAAUUAUAUUGAACACAAUCAAUAUUAAUUGAGUAUUU